GAGUAUUCGAAGCGCCAUUAACCACAUGGAACCGGAUGUAACGCGGAUCACAAAGGGCUGUUUGUUCCAGAAAAAAUAAGUAGCACUACGUCUUGCGAAUCGCAUAUUUUUAAAUAUAUUUACAGAUUAAAAUAUUAGCAUCUGUAACGUUAUAAUUUUUGUGAGCUAGUUCACUUUAGCUCCGUAAGCUAGCGUCAACGCAGUCUCGUGCUUAUCGCCAUUUUGCGCAUUCAACAGAGUUUGCACGGCCGCAAGCAUGGUCGAAGCGGACCGACCAGGGAAGCUGUUCAUCGGCGGGCUGAACACCGAAACCACGGAGAAGGCCUUGGAGCAGUACUUCAGCAAAUACGGGCGGAUCGUAGAAGUUCUUUUGAUGAAAGAUCGUGAAACCAGCAAAUCAAGAGGCUUUGCUUUUGUUACUUUUGAAAACCCAGCUGAUGCAAAAGAUGCAGCUCGGGAAAUGAAUGGAAAGUCUCUUGAUGGCAAGCCAAUCAAAGUAGAGCAAGCUACAAAGCCACAGUUUGAAGGUGCUGGCAGGCGUGGACCACUGCUCAUGAACUCAAGAAGCCGUGGUCCACCCAGGGGGCCCCGUGGGUCCAGGGGGGGUAUGAGGAGCCCACCGCCCAGAGAUUACUAUGAUGGUGUGUCAUCCAGAGGUCCUCCAAUGAAGAGAGGACCACCACUCCGUGAUGGAGGGCCCCCACCCAAGAGGUCUGUCCCAUCUGGUCCUAUGAGCAGGCCACCCAUGUCAAGAGACAGAGAUCCCUAUGGUCCACCCCCUCGAAGAGAUUCAAUGAUGUCCAGGAGGGAGGACUAUCCAUCACCAAGAGAUGACCAUUAUAGCUCUAAAGAUGGGUAUUCCAGUCGGGAUUAUAGUUCAAGAGAUUCGAGAGACUAUGGCCCUCCUCCUAGAGAUUAUUCAUAUCGAGAUUACUCCAGUUCCCGAGACGAUUAUGGCUCUGUAUCUAGAGGAUACAGUGAUCGUGAUGGCUACGGGGGAGGCCGGGAACCCAGAAGUUAUAUGGACCGUCCAAGUGGUGGUUCUUACCGAGACUCCUAUGAUGGUUACGGUAACUCUCGCAGCGCCCCACCUUCACGGGGACCCCCACCAUCCUAUGGUGGGAGCAGUGGAAGCAGUCGUUAUGAUGACUAUGGCAGCAGUUCCCGAGACGGAUAUGGCAGUCGUGACAGUUACCCCAGCAGUCGGAGUGAUCCAUAUCCUCCUAGCCGUGGCGAGCGAAUGGGCAGACAGGAUAGGGGCCCAGCUCCCCUUGUCGAGAGAGGCUACCCCCCUCGUGAUUCAUACAGCAGCUCAAGUCGUGGAGGCCCACGUGGUGGCCGUGGCGGCCGCGGGGGUCGUGGUGGCGGUCGACCUGAUAGAGGAAUGGCUCGCAGCAGAUACUGAAAUGGACAUGGAAAACGUUGUGUCCCAUGCUCUAACACGUGUUUUGGAAGAAAUCUGCAAACAACGUAAACUAGCCAUGUCUAAAUCUGUGGAAUAUGAAGCUUAGCUUAGAACUGUUUAUCUUGAAUUUACUUUUUUUUAAUUGUGUAUUUUUUUUUUCUUUUCUUUUUUUAAUCAUUAUUUCUCUUGCUCAUGUAAUGGUGCAGUUACCAUGUGAGUUAGUUUUUGUACGUUCAGUGCUGUUGGAACCUGCAAUGCCCUCAAAGUCUGGAUUUCCUACUCUUAAUAAAGCUUUUAGUUGUAGAUCACCUGCUCGUCGAUGCCUACUACGAUACCAGAAAUGGUGAACUGAAUGUUACAUAAUACCAUGCUCUUUCCAAAUUUUUCUGUAGGGCUUAGCAUCUGCUUACGCUCUAUAAAUAGUAGCCAAGUGACUGAAGUUCAUGAACACAAAUGUGCUUCCAACUGGUCCCGACUGUUUUCAUGGGUUAGGCAAAUGUUCCUGUCAAAAUGUUCCAAUGUUGUUUCCCUGGAAAUGGAUUCCAUCACCCUAGAGCCAAAGUAUGAAGUCACGCAACGACAUAACCAAAGACAGCCAAAUGCAAGCAACAACCAAAUGCAAGCAACUUUUCAACUCGACCAGUAGUCAACAGCUGGUAAGCAAAGCAAACCUUUUUCUCAUCUGUAAAUGAGUUUCUCACUGUCCUGUAUAGCAAUCUGCACCCAAAGGCUGAUAUUCAAGACAACGAUUGACUCGGAGGAUGAAAGGAAAAAAGUCAACCAGGGGUUCCUUUUUCAUUGUAGUCCGUUUCAGCACCUU